UUAUUAUUAUUACUCAUAAUCUGUUUGAAUAUUAAAUAUUUAUAUUAAUUUGGAAUCAUAAAAUUCACAAUGGGUAAUUUGAUAACUAGUUAUAGUAUAAAGAUGAGUGGACUUCCAGGGUCUUAGUUCUAACGUAUUUACGGUAUCUUAGCGGAACAUUCAUGACAAACCGCUGGAACAUCUGUUUGUUAGAGUGUUACGGAACAAAGUCUUGUAUUCAUAUAAAUCUGUAUAAUGUUAGAUAAUGAUGGAUCGCUACUAAAUGCAGAAAGACAAUUGAUUAAUGAAUCAACGAUUUUAUUCGUAACUUUUAUAUAACAGAUAUUUCUCCCGUUAUGGUUGAUUUCGACAGUCGUUAGUAAAUAGUUUGGAUUGUAGAAAAACAGAAGCAAUUUCAAAAUUUUUUCAAAUUAAAUUUUACAAACUGCAUAUAUAAAUACUUAAUAAGGCGCAAUUAAAACAUUGAAUUCAUUUUGAGUUUACAGAUUUUAAAGGAAAAAUCAUAAUUAUGAAGAAUACAUUUGAUUGUUUAACAUUUUCAUUCACGGUACCCACAUCAUUUUUCAAGCCAACAUUUUAAAGUUUAUAUAACAAUACUAUGUUGAAUUGAAGAUGGAUGUUUCCAGACAUCAACAGACGAAAUUCGUGUUCCUUUUGCUGAUUUUCAUCACAAGUAUGGACGAUUCAAUCUGUACAACCGUGCGUGUAGGAAAAUAUUCUGUGGAGAAAAACAGGCGAGUUAAACAAACUAUCAAUCCCGUGGAAUCGGAACUUGCAAAAUCUGUUAUUGUCUGCGUACGAAGAUUCCAUGGAAGAGAUGAUGCAUGUUUAGCAGACUACAACCCAGAAACACGAACAUGCAAUAUCUUUACUUCCGGUUGUUGUCCCGGCAGCGAUGAACGUCAAACAGGAUUUUCACUUUUCAGACGAGAUUUAGAAGGUUUCACCAACCCACCGGCAGAGGACUGUUCAUUUUAUAAAAGUUCAGGACAACCAACAGGUGUUUAUACGAUUUAUCCUGAACAUCUUCCGAAUGGGAUCUCAGUUUAUUGCGACAUGGACGUAGAUGAAGGUGGCUGGACAGUUAUACAACGACGGUUUAACGGCUCAGUUGAUUUCUAUAGAAACUGGGAGGAGUACAAAUCUGGUUUUGGAAACGUAGCUGGUGAACACUGGUUAGGGAACGAAAACAUAUACCAGUUGACACGAGGUAACAGUUAUGUACUUAGAAUAGAUUUACAAGCUUUCGAUGGGAAAACAGCAUAUGUUAAGUACUUCACCUUUACCAUAUCUGAAGGAACCGAAGACUACGGAUUAACCAUCGGAGAAUAUUGCGGAACUGUCGAUGGAAGCACCGGCAUGAUGGGUAACAACAAUGCAAAGUUCAAGACAAAAGAUAAAGACGACACCGCAAGAGGAAGUAUUCCACCGUGUAGCGAGAAGUUACAUUCAGGAUGGUGGUUUCAGCAAUAUUGUUCUACUGUCAAUUUAAAUGGAAAAUGGACCCCUGAUGAAAGUAUUGACUCAAUGAAUUGGCAGUACUGGGACCCUUAUUUUACUAAGGGUUUGGAAAAAUCGUCCAUGAAAAUUCGUCGUAAAUAAAGUAAAUUUAACAAGAAUGACGAAAAAGUUAACAAUAAUCUUUUCAGAUCAACUGACAUCAUUUUGCUAAAUGGUAGCGUUGAUGUUAUGAUAACAUUUUUAUUAGUCUUGCUCUAUUUUACUUUUCGUUUAGACAAUAUCAAACGAAAACAUUAAUUUCCAUUUACUUAUUCAAAUAAAAUGUGUGUUGGAACCUAGAGCUAUGCCUAUGUAUACCUACUUAUAAGUCAUACAUCGCUGCUUUUUAUGAUAUUGUGUUCACUAGGUUAACACAUUUGAAAAUAAAAGUAAGAUAAUAACUAUGACAGUAACAUUUCGCUCAUUGUUAAAAAAUGUUGUUUUCAUUAAAAAUGUGAUAAUCUUUUGUUUUAAGAUUAAAUAUAUAAUUACAUAGAAGUGUUCAUUCGACGAAGAAGAUCCUCUUGUCUUUUUGUCCCCCAUCGGCGGCC